AUGUCAGGACCACUAGUGCUGAUCACUGGCAUCACCGGCUUCGUCGCCGUUCACGUGCUCGAUGCUGUGCUCGCUUCUCCGCAAAACUACCGCGUGAGGGGAACGCUCCGGUCCCUCUCGAAGAGCGACGAGGUGCUUGAGCGCUUGAGCCCUCGAGAUCGUGCUCGUGUAGAGUUCGUCCACGUCGCAGACACAGCCACGUCGGACCUGAGGCUAGCUGUGCGAGGGGUGGAUCUGGUCCUGCACGUGGCUUCGCCCUUCCAAGUUCAGAUCAACGACCCAGAGACGGAUCUGCUGAUCCCGGCGCUCGAGGGCACACUCAACCUGCUGCGAUUCGCGAAGGAAGAAGGCAAGAUCAAGAAGAUCGUGAUCACAUCAUCGUUCGCGGCUGUGUCCGACCCCAUAGCCGGUGACAUCAAGCGUCCUGGCUACGUGUACACCGACAAGGAUUGGAAUCCGACGACGUACGAGGAGGCAAAGACCGCGACCGGGCCCGGCGCAAGUGUCCUUGCCUACUAUGCUUCCAAGAAGGUCGCCGAGAAAGCCGCGUACGACUUUGUAGCUCGCGAAAAGCCGGCGUUCGAAGUUGCCUCUAUCAAUCCGCCCAUGAUCUACGGGCCGACUUUGCAGCCGAGAGUGACUCGAAAGAGUCUGAAUCUGUCGAGCGCGAUCAUGUACGGCCUGAUCUCUGGCCUGGACGAGAUGCCGUCUGACGAUCUGCCUCUUUUUUGCGAUGUGCGGGACGUCGCUCUGGCUCACGUCCGAGCCGUCGAGAAGGACGGCGCGAUGGGGGAGAGGUACCUCCUUUGUGGCGGCAAAUUCUCCUGGGCACAGGCUGCUGAAUUGCUUGCCGAGAAGCGGCCCGAAUUGCGUGCUCUUUUGCCGAAAGGCUGGCAACAGGCCCCCUCUAUCGACCUCGACGGCAGCUUUGCGAGCAUGGACACCAGUAGGGCACGAGAGAAGCUGGGCAUCGCCUUCCGAGGGUGGCAGACGACGCUGUUGGACAGCGUCGAUUCUCUCCUCGAGCUUGAAAAGCUGCCAUCGUGGAACAAGUAA